AUGUUCUAUCCGCAGGAGCUGCCACAUCCAAAGGCACGUCGGCCACUUUAUGGGAAUUACAUCGAUAAAACUGUGCCACGUCAUCAGAAAGCCACUGGCUGCUGCAAGGAUGGCAAGUUCGUUGGUCUGAUGCUGCCCUAUCUCAAGGAGUAUUGUGCCACGUCCUCAGUGCAUGGCUUUCGGUAUUUGACGGAUCCCAAAUUGCGGACAUUUGAAAGAUUCAUUUGGCUGCUGAUUUUGCUGGGCACCUUCAUUUGUGCUACGAUUGUCUAUGUGGACCUGACGGAGCUGUACAACUCCGCACGCGUGCACACGACUAUCGAGGACAGUAUGCAGCCGAUAUUCUUUGUGCCCUUCCCCUCUGUGGGCCUCUGUCCGCGCAGUCGCAUCAACUGGCCGAGAUUGCUGAAGGAGACGCCGGAGGAGUUUUUGGGCAGCGAUGCCAGCGCCGAGAAGAGGGAGCUGUUCAAAAGCUUUUUCGCGGCCGCGUCUGGUGUGCACCUGAGAGAUAUGCACAGUCUAGGAAGCUUCUUUGAGAAUUCAAGUCUCGCCGGACAGAUACGACAGCUAGAUGGGUUGGAUGUGGUGAAGGUAUUGGAGGCCUUGAAUCUGAACUGCAAUGACUUUUUCAAGAGCUGCACCUGGCGGGGCAAGCAGCACAACUGCUGCGAGAUCUUCGAGCUGCAGCGCACUGAGUACGGCUUCUGCUGGGUAUUCAAUUCGGCAGUUAGUGCCGAGAUGCAACAGCGACAGCGUGAGGAUAAGUAUUAUCCACGCCGCACAGCCCAAUCUGGUCCGGGCACCGGCUUGGAGGUGUAUCUCCAGUUGAACAAGUCACUCACUAUGCCUGGCUUACGUGGCAUCUACGUGAUGGUCAAGCAGCCCCAGCAGUGGAGCGAGUCAGCUCGCCUAGUGCCACACGACUGCCACAAUAGGAUCAGCAUGGUGCCGCGAUACACAGGCUCCGAUUCGAGAACUCGAACUCUCACUGCAAAGGUCAGACGUUGCAUCUUCCCCGACGAAAUCCACGAUCCGCACUACAAGAAUCUGCCGGGCCUAGUCUACUGGCGUGGCAACUGCCGAUCCAAAUGCCACCAGGAGCACGUGGUCAACCUCUGCAACUGCUCGCCUACUCUCCUCUUUCCCCGACAUCAGAAGGAUAACUUCUCGGAGUGCAAAGCCUCCGAUUUCAAAUGCCUGUAUGAACAUCGAUUGACUUUCAGUGUGGAGCGGCUUCCCCUGGAGCAGGAGUACGUGGACAAUGUGUACAAGGAUAGCAUGACCUGUGACUGCCUGAACAGCUGUUCCCAGCUCAUCUACGAUACCAUCUACAGCAGCAGUGCCAUGGAACCUCAGGAACUGACUGCAGAUACGAUUAGCAUGCAUCUGGACAUAUUCUUUCAGUCAUCCUGGUACAUUAAGUACCAGACACAUAUGCGCUUUACCUUUGUCGAGCUGCUUGCUAGCUUUGGUGGCAUUAUUGGUCUGUUCCUUGGGGCCUCGCUCCUCAGUGCUAUUGAGCUGAUCUACUAUGCCACGAUUGGCCUUUACUUGUAUUUGCAUCACUACAAUCUGAAGACCAAGCAGCAGCCUCGGGCACCAGAAUCUCCAGCUCCCAUAACGCUAAAAUUUCGGCACAAAAUCACACCCACAAAGAUUGUUUAUUAA